CAAAUGAAAAUUCAUACAUACGGGGGUUAAUUAAUUAUUUGCACUUUUUUACUUUGAGGGACCACUUUUGAAGUUGUUUACAAACCACAGGGACCAAAAUGGAGUUUACAUCUGUUUGGCAGAAGAAAUAGUCGUUGUGAUUGUGAAGAAGAAUCAUCGAAUUGAACGGAGAGAUUUGCCAUUCGUGCAAAUCAUAUUGCUUUUCUUCAUCCUCUUCUCCAUCAACCUUAAAGAGAUAUAUGAAAUUCAUGCUCCUCCGAUCGCUGGUUUUUUUUUUUUUUUUGAUUCUCUGCAGCUGCACAGAGUCACACGGAAGAUGAAGGACAAAUCAGUUGUAACAGAAAGUCCUAGCGGAAGUGGUGUAUCAAAAUCAUCUUUUUCGAGCACAUUAUUUGUACGAGAAGAAGAAGAAUCAGACAGAAAGAAAACCACUAACGACUUACCCUUGCGAAUCGUCACUCAUAGUGGUUCCUCCAGAUACGAUUUUGUUAAGGUGAAAGUAUGGUUGGGUGAUGAUGCUGAUCACUACUAUGUCCUCUCUAGAUUUUUGCUUAGCAGAAUGUUGACUGUUACUAAGAUUCCUAAUCAUGUGGCUCUAAAAAUUGCACUUGAACUCAAGAAGUUACUGGUAGAUAAUAGCCUUCUGGACGUCUCUCAGUCUGAUCUGGAAACUAAUUUGUUUAAGCUCAUGAAAUGGCGGGGAUAUGGGCAAGAGUAUAUAAAUCGUUACAAGAUGAUGACAAGAUUUCACCAUCGAAGAGUACCAUUGGUCAUUCUUGUAUGUGGCACGGCAUGCGUUGGAAAGUCUACAAUUGCUACGCAACUUGCACAAAGGUUAAACUUGCCAAACGUCUUGCAGACUGAUAUGGUCUAUGAAUUGCUAAGGACGUCGACAGAUGCACCUUUGGCAUCUACACCUUUUUUGGCACGUGACUUUAGCUCCUCUGAGGAGCUAAUAACUGAAUUUUGCAGAGAAUGCAGAAUAGUUCGGAAAGGUUUGGCUGGUGAUUUGAAGAAAGCAAUGAAAGAUGGAAAACCAAUCAUUAUUGAGGGAAUGCAUGUGGAUCCAGGCAUAUACCUAAUUGACGAGGAGAGAAAGUUACCAAAUAAUUUGCCAGUGAAAGCAGAAGAGGCAAAGUCUACAGAAGCAAUUGGGAAUGAUGUAACAUGGGUGGAAAAUGAUGCGUCUGCUUCUAGCAUUCAUGAUGAAAAUAGCCACAAGAAUCCUGAGAAUUUGAAGGCAGAGAAAGCAACAUCUGCAGGAGCUAUGAAUAAUGAUCCCGAUGGCCUUAAAUCUGUACCUGCUGUUGGAACUGUUCCUGAGAAUAUAACUAACAAUAUGAAAGAUCAAGUGGCUGAAAGAAAACCUAUUCAUAGAAGAGAAAACUCAGGGGCCCCGGAACCAAUAAUAAUUCCUAUUGUCCUAAAGAUGGCUGAGUUUGAUCAUAAGGCAUUACUAGAAGAGUGGAUAUCUACUCGUAAAUUCAGCAACAAUUAUCCGAUCAAGGAUAAAGACAAAUUGAUUAGCAACCUAAAAACCAUUCAAGACUAUCUGUGCUCUUUCCAGUCACAGGGUUUAACAGUCACCAACAUAUCUGCGACAACAUUCCCACAAACGCUUGAUUGGUUGCACAAUCAUCUUCUUCAGCGUAUUGAGCAAGGUAUAUCGUCUGCCUCUAAAGGAAGUAAUGGUCAAGCCAAUGAAAGUUAGACUCGAUUUUACAGAGUAUGGAGCGCACGUGCCAAGACGAUGGCUUUCAAGGGAUUACAGGACCAUUUACCACAUGAUGUCUGCCAGAUUUGUUGGCAAAGCCUUGAGGUUACAUUUGUUGUUUUUAUAUUCUCAAGAUGCAUAUUUCUGUUAGAGGUCUACAAAAUAAAUGCAACGGAUUACUU